CGAUGAGGUACUGAGUGAUAACCAUAUUCCUAUUAUUUCUUCUUCAGAGAGCUGCACAAAUCGACUGAUAGGAUGACAAAAGCAAUGGUUCUGAUUUCGGUGCUGCUCCUGGGUUGGACCUGGAGCCUCCAGGGGGUCCAUACGCAGGAGGAUGAUAGCAUGGACCAGAAGGUGAAUGGUGCUGAUGCUCCUGUUGUUGAUGCUCCUGCUGUUGAUGCUCCUGCUGCUGAUGCUCCUGCUGUUGAUGCUCCUGUUGUUGAUGCUCCUGCUGUUGAUGCUCCUGUUGUUGAUGCUCCUGUUGUUGAUGCUCCUGCUGUUGAUGCUCCUGUUGUUGAUGCUCCUGUUGUUGAUGCUCCUGUUGUUGAUGCUCCUGCUGUUGAUGCUCCUGCUGUUGAUGCAACUGACUUUAACAAAACGGGUAAGUGAUAAAUAUUCACCAUG